UUUUUGUUUUUUUUUUUGAGGAAUAAAUGAGUAUAAAAAAAUAAAUAAAUAAAAAAAAUAAGUGAUAUUUUCGCGCCUCAAAUUGACGCGACGUCACUGACAGUGUCAUACAUCAUGGGUUAUGUUAGCAUUUGUGUUCAUCUAUUGUUCAAUUACAUUAUUUGCAAUAUUAAUAUUAAAAAAUUGUGUUGAUUUAAAAUUAAUACAACAUACUGUGUACUGAGUUUAUUUAAAAAAGCUGAUAUUGUGAAAGUGAAAUAUAUUGAAAUAAAAAAAAAAUAAAAUAUAAAUAUUAAAGAGAUUAAUUUUCUUUUUUUGAAUAAUUAUUUAUUUAUUUAUUUAUUUAUUUAUUAUAUUUGGAACAAUUGAGAUUAGUAAAUGCAGAAAUUUAGAGCGAAAUGGAUCCUUCAAUGUUCGUUUCUUAUUCUCCACAAACAAAUGUUGUUCCAAUGGAAUCAAAACUUGCGACUUAUAUGAAUCGGCAAAGUCCAGCAACAACAUUAAAUACAACAAGUGUAACAAAACAUUUGGGUAAUUUAUCACUUGAUACAUCAAAAAAAGUUGUAGCAAGUCCUGAAUUUGUACCUGGACGUGGUUUAAGUAACAGUAGUUCACCAAAUUUAUUUGGUAAUUCUUAUCAUUCACAAGAAAAUGUUGGUGGUACAACGUAUUUUUAUCUUGGAAAUACAAGUACUGAUAGUGUACAAAAUGAUGAAACAAAUGAAAUUGGUAAUAUUGGACCUGGACAAGUUGGUUAUCCAUAUCAAGGUACACCAGCACAUUUACAAACAGUUAAACCAAUUAAAACACCAACAUCAAAUAAUUCAUCAGCACCAUCAACACCACCACCACAACAAGGAAAUCAAAGUUAUUUUAUCAGUACAAAUUUACGUGUUGAUAUAUUACAUAAAAAUACAUUAACAUUGAGUCAACCAGAUCCAUCACAAUUUCCAGAUUUACCAAAUGAAGUUGAUAGCUAUCAUGAACUUUGUCCACUUGAACAAAUACAUAAACCAGCAUCAUCUGUAUUGGGUUAUCAAACAUCAACAUAUAAAGCAACAAGUUUAAAAAAUGGUCAACGUUAUUGUUUACGUCGUGUACAUGAUUUUCGUCUUGGUAAUACAAAAUGUAUGGUACUGGUUGACAUGUGGAAAAGAAUAUCACACACAAAUCUUGUUCAUCUACUUGAAGUGUUUACAACAAAAGCAUUUGGUGAUCAUUCAAUGGUAUUUGUUUAUGAUUAUCAUCCUGGUGCUGAAACAUUGUUGAGUAAACAUUUUUCAGUAUCUGAAUUAAAUGGUUAUGCUGAUCCAUUUUGUUCUGAUCCAAAUGCACCACGUCCAUACAGUCAUACUAAAAAUACAAUACUCAGACAACAACAUAAUAGUAUGCUACCAGAAAAUGUUAUUUGGAGUUAUAUUAUACAAUUAACAGCUGCACUACGUGUCAUUCAUGCUGGUGGUGUUGCAUAUCGUUGCUUAGAUCCAACAAAAGUAUUGUUAACAUCACGUGCACGUUUACGUUUAAGUUGUGCUGCUGUUCCUGAUGUUGUUACAUUUGAUGGUAAUGCUGCAAAUCCAUUGUCAUUAAUAUUACACUAUCAACAAGAAGAUUUAAUUUCUCUUGGUAAACUUGUACUUGCAUUGGCUUGUCGUAGUUUACUUGCUGUUCAUCGUGAUAAUAUACAAGCAUCACUUGAGCUUGUUGCACGUUCUUAUUCAACUGAUCUUCGAAAUUUUAUUCUGUACUUGUUGUCUGAUCAAGCACGUAAAAGUGUAACAGAUUUAAUGCCAAUGAUUGGUGCACGUUUUUAUACACAACUUGAUUCAAUACAAUCACGUUCAGAUGUAUUGGAAAAUGAAUUAUCAAAAGAACUUGAAAAUGGAAGAUUAUUUAGAUUACUUGUUAAAUUAGCAACAAUAAAUGAACGUCCAGAACUUAAUUUGGAUGUAACAUGGGCUGAAACUGGUGAUCGUUAUAUGCUUAAAUUAUUUAGAGAUUAUGUUUUUCAUCAAGUUACUGCUGAUGAUAAACCAUGGCUUGAUUUAGCACAUGUUGUUUCUUGUCUUAAUAAGCUUGAUUGUGGUUCACCAGACAAGGUUUGUCUGAUGUCGAGAGAUGAACAAAGUGUUCUCGUAGUGAGUUAUGCUGAAUUACGACAGUGUUUGGAAAAUUCAUUUGAAGAACUCGUGCAAUCAGCCAAGGAAGCUGCUUAAUAUCCAAAAAUACAAAAUUCAAUAAUUUAAAAAAAUAAAAAUAAAAGCAUCCAAAAUAACAGAUAAUUUAAUUUAAAAAAAAAAAACGACAAAAUGAAUAAAGAUUUUUUUAAAAUCCGAGAGAAGGGUGAAACCAUCUUACAAUGUGAUAUGAACAUUUAGCGGUACUAUUUCAUUAAAAAACUUAAAAAAUACAAAAAAAAAAAUAUAAAAAAAAAUAAAAAUAAAAACAAGACAAAAAAAAAAAAUAGUUAAUUGUCUCGAAAAAAAAAAAGGAAAAAAAUUAAAAUCAUCAUAAAAAAAGAAGAGUUAGGAGUCUGGAAUUUUUUUUUUCUUGUGUAUAAUUAUCUAAUGCAUGAAAUAACAAAAAAAAAAAAUUUUUUUUUUAAAAAAAAACAUUGAUAUAAAUUUAUUGUUGUAAAUGUGCUGAAAAAUUAUGAAAAAAAAAAAAAUAAAAAACUUAAAAAUCUAAAUACA